CGCGUUGCGGAUCUGCGGAUGUUGCGUGAAGCUCUGGAACGCGCGCUGUCCCUCCAGCUGAGAUUGAGUCUAAAUCAAAACAAUGCCAAUUCCUUCUAUUUUUUCUGUCAUCUAACAAUUGUUAUUUAUUUAACUUUGAAAAAUGUCUAUCAAGCCUCUCAGUCAAAAUACUGUUAAAUUUUUAACCACAACUCAAGUAAUCACGUCUGUCGUCACUGCGGUCAAAGAACUCGUUGAAAAUUCAAUCGAUGCACAGGCUAAGCGCAUCGAAAUUAACCUCAAUGACAACGGAGCUACGCUUAUAGAGGUUAGCGACGAUGGAAAAGGAAUAUCAAGAGAGGACACGCCGUUCAUGGCUUUGCAGUCGUAUACUUCGAAAAUUGGGGACUUCAAUGAUUUGGAUUCCUUAGAGUCGUAUGGCUUCAGAGGCGAAGCACUGAAUUCUUUGUGCAAAGUAUCUGAUGUGACUUUGAUUACAAAAACUAAGGAAGAUGACGUUGCCAGAUCUUAUAAGCUGAAUCACAACGGGGAUAUAGAGAAUUGCGAGCUUUGUUAUCAUUCCAUCGGGACAACCGUGAGGGCUAAAUAUUUGUUCAAAGAUUUGCCAGUCCGGAGGCAGCUGUUGACGGCGUCGAAAAAUUCCAGCCAAGAAGUGAAAAAUCUCUUGCUCCCCUACGCAAUUUGUCAACCACAAAUGCGAAUUAAUUUGAGAGCAAACGGCAGUGUUCUCCUGACAAAACCAUCAACCGCAAGUCCCAAAGAAACACUUUCAGCACUUUUCGGAAAUAAAUUCGCAUCGCAGGUCGAUUUUGUUGAAAAGAACAUAUACGAAACCACAAUUCAUUUGUCUAUUCCACGAAAGGAUGCUACGGAAUUGAGCGAACUUUGUCAGGCCGGACAGUACACAUGCGUCAAUAAACGUCCUGUUAUUUAUAAGGAAUUUGAAAAGACCAUCAACAAACGUUUGGUCGAAUAUUUUGGAGAGAAAAUACCUUCUAAAAAAAAACUGGCCUUCGUGUUGGAUCUUCAAGUUUUAACGUCCAAUGUCGACGUCAAUUUGGAGCCGAAUAAAACGAAGAUAUUUCUUACCAACCAGUCGAAAAUAAGCGAAGCUCUGGAUCAAGUGCUCACAGAAUAUUACGAGUUGGAGCCGAAAAUGCAGGACAUUGCGCGCGAUAAAAUCGCGCUCGUCGACGAAAGUACGGAAUACUUUGACUGCACGAGCACCGAGAUGAGUCUUUCUGCAGAAAAUUUCAAUUCGCCGGCCUGUAAGAAAAGAAAAAUUGACAAGGAGAAUAAAAAAACGCCAGGAAAACCGAAUCGCAGGGUUGAAGCGAGCCAUUUGAACAAAGAAAAUCGCAGCUCCAAUGCAGCACAAAAAAUUGAUGACUCGCUCGAAGAAAUGACGGAAACAAUAAGCCAGUUGCCCGUCGUUGACUUGGGAGAAGAUUUUACCGUGGAGGAAAUUUCGGGAUUGCCUAAUUUAAAGGCUGAGCAAGUUUCGACCGUGUUAAACGACGUCGAGGUGCAUAAUGGCAAUUCGAACAGCAACGAGACGAAAGGCAACGGGAAUUUCACGUUGGAAGCAUGGAGCAAAGGCCAGGUGCCAACUAAUUUACGAGGCGGCACAGACGUUCAACCAUACGGAAAUGUCGUGAAAAACGUGAUGCAGGGGGAAUCGAAGGGGACGAGGGAAGAACCGGACCCGAGUUCAACCGGCUGUAAAGGAUUCCUGAAGUUUUCGAAGGAAAUGAGACGUCAAAUAAUCGAAGAAAAUCCGGGAAUAAAUUUCGUCGAGGUCGCUACAACCUUGACGAAACGUUGGAAAGAAUUGUCUCCGGAGGAGCGUGGAUAUUAUCGAGAUUUGGCAGCGAGUGAGAAUCAGUCGAGCUCUCAAUUGAUGAAAUACGACAGGACCACCGGGCCAAUAAAGUCUCAAAAACUGGCGAAAAAAGCGACUGAUUUGCCAGACAAAAAUAAUAAACAACGACUGAUCGCGAUGCUCGAAAAUAUGAAACGUGGAACAAAGAAAGACAAUUUGAUGAGAAAAACUAUCGUCCCUUGUACCAUCGAUAUGGAGAAUGUGAGAAACCAAUUCUUCGAUUCUCGACGCAAAGUCGCCGCAAAAAAUCUCGUUGUCGGAGCUUUGAGCGAAAAUUUGUGGAUAGCUCGAACAGGAUGCCAGCUUUGGGCUCUCAGCCUCGAGCAACUUCAUCGUGGACUUCAGAUCGAACGAAACUCCAUCGAGGAAACGAGAGAUUCUGUUGAACAACUCGUGAAAAGAUUGCUCGAAGAAAAAGAUGGAAUUUCAUUGCUUCACCCUGUCUUCGACCUCCGAUAGAAGCUCGAUGAUUCAAUUUUAAUUUGUCUUUUGUCCCUGUGAGUUACUCACGCCUGUAUAUUCAGUGUUAAUUAUUUGUUCCUAGAAACUUUUUUAUCGAUUAUUUAUUAUAAUUAUUAUGAGUAUUGUUAUUGUUAUCGAUACACGUCAAAGCGGUGAGGUCGCUAAUUCCUUCAAGCUUUUACUUGGAUUAAUUAAAAUUACACUCGAAGGAUUCUCGAAAGUUUUCGAUCAAAAUCUUGUACGAAAUAGAAAAAAAAAACAACAAAUAAAGUUUUCAUAUUUUUUAUA